AUGAAUUCAGGAGGUAAAUAUGACCAUGAAAGACAACGAGAAGCCACCGCACAUUGGAUUAUGAUGCAUGAACAUGAAUUUAGUAUUGUUGAGGAAGAAGGUUUUCAUUUUAUGAUGAAGUGUUCUAAUAUUUCAUAUGAGAAAAUUGGUCGGAAGACAUUGAAGAAUGAUUGUAUUGCUGUUUAUGAAGCUGAAAGAAAAAAGUUGAAGUCUACUUUAAGGACAAAACGCAUUCUUAGUUUUGUUCAUGUUCCUCCUCCUCGACGUGGUGUUGAUAUUGCUGAUGCUAUCUUCAAAUGUCUUAAAGAUUGGGGUAUUGAAAAUAAAAUAUUUAGUGUGUCAGUGGAUAAUGCACAUUACAACGAUAGAUGUUUGAAAGAGUUAAAAGUUCUGAUUUUAAGGCACCGAAAAUUAGUGUUAGAUGGAAAGUUAUUUCAUGUGCGUUGUUGUGCGCAUAUUCUAAAUUUGCUUGUUCAAGAUGGUAUUGGGAAAAUAGCAAAAAUAGUUGAAGACGUGCGUGAAAGUGUGAAGUUCAUCAAUCAGUCUGAAGAAAGGUUGCAAACAUUCUCACAAAUAGUUCAACAACUAAAGCUUGGUGGUAAAAAAAUAAUUCUUGAUUGCCCUACUCGUUGGAACUCCACCUAUCAAAUGUUGUCAGUUGCAAUGCAGUUCAAAGAAGUCUUCCCUCAUUUUCAAGAUCGAGAACCAAGCUAUACAACUCUUCCAGAUUAUGAUGAUUGGGAAAAGGUUGAAAAAGUUUGCAAGUUGCUAGAGGUAUUUAAUGUUGUUACAAAUAUUAUUUCAGGUAGUGAAAAUCCAACUGCUAACUUAUAUCUUGCUGAGGUAUUUCGAAUCAAACUAGUUUUAGAUCAAGCUAUCCAAGAUGAAUUUGAUUUUAUGAAAGAAAUGGCAAAAGCGAUGAAGGGAAAAUUUGACAAAUAUUGGAGCCAAUGUAAUCUUGUUAUAUCGCUUGCUUCUGUUUUGGACCAUAGGAUCAAAAUGAUGGGUGUUAACAUGUGUUUUCCCUUAAUUUAUCCGGAAGUUGAAGCUAGAAAAAAUAUAGAAAAUGUGCGUAUCGCACUUGAUGAUAUGUACAAAGAGUAUGCUGAUAUACUUAGUGAGCAUAGUGAAGAAGGAUCUAGUAGAAGUGGUGUUGAUCAAAAUGGGCUUAUUUUGGAGUCACAAAAAUCCUCAGGGUGGUCAUUGUUAAUGAAUUAUGUCGAAGAACAACAAGCAAUUCCUACUGUAAAAUCUGAAAUUGAAGAGUAUUUGAAUGAGCCAACUUACAAACCUAAAGAUAACGGCCAUAUGUCAUUUUGUGCCUUGGAAUGGUGGAAAUUGAAUUGUGGAAAAUAUAGAGUGUUGUCCCAUAUGGCAACAAAUGUUCUUGACAUUCCAAUAUCUACUGUGGCUUCGGAGUCAACCUUUAGCGCUGGAGGGAGAGUUAUCGAUUCAUUUCGAGCUUCUUUAAGUUCAUCUACUGUCGAAGCUUUAACUUGUGGUGGUGGAGCAAGUGCAAACAGAAAUUACAUUACUCCCUUGAUGAUAAAUAGAGAGCUAUCAAUGCAGUUUUUGAGACAAACUUAA